UUUGAGUUUCUGAACACUACCUUGCUCUACCUUUUCUCUCUUUUCACGUCUAUACACAUCCACUACUUGUUUCUACAAUCGAUCUACGUUUUUGAGACCUACCUUCCGCGAAAUAAAACACACUACAAUGCCCUCCUCCUCGCUAGCAGACUACCUCGCCAAAAACUACCUGACCGCCGACCCGGCCCCGACCGACCGCCCCAAGAAGAAACGCAAGAAGACCACCAAAGCCGAAGGAUCCGGCCUCAUCAUUGCCGAUGACGAUCCGCCGGAUCUCCGCGCCGCCUCUGGCGCCCGGGACCUAGACGAUGACGAAUAUAACCCAGCGAUCGUGUCGGGCGCACGCAGCGGGGGUGCCGGCGGCGAGUUCCGGCGGGCGAAGAAAUCUGGGUGGAAGACGAUUGGCAGCGCGGAUGCGGAUGCGGAGAGGGAUGCGGCGGAUGCGAUAUUGGCGUCUGCGGCGGCGGAACGGAAGGCCGGGCGUGGGGGGGAUGACGGCGAGGAUGAGGACGACGCGCCGGUUGUUGCAGAUGAGGAUGAAGACGAUUACGACGGGAUGAGGAUGGAGUCCGGCGCGCGAGCGGGACUGCAGACGGCGGCGGAUACAGCGGCCAUGGUGGCGGCGCAGGAGCGGAGGAAGAAGCUGGAGGCGGCCCGGUACAAGGGCAGCGCCGCGGCCGCUGGGGAGCAGGCGCAGGAGACGAUCUACCGUGAUGCCUCGGGGCGCAUCAUCAAUGUGGCGCUGAAGCGGGCGGAGGCGCGCCGGGCGGAGGAGGAGAAGAAGCUCAAGGAGGAAGAGGCGCGCGAGGCGCUCAUGGGCGAUGUGCAGCGGCAGCAGCGGGAGGAGAGGCGGCAGCAGCUACAGGAGGCCAAGGCGAUGCCGCUGGCGCGCACCGCCGAGGACGACGAGCUGAACGACGAGCUCAAGGCGCGCCAGCGUUGGAAUGACCCCGCCGCGCAGUUCUUGACCAAGACCGCCGGGCCCGGUACCAGUGUGACGGGCAAGCCCUUGUAUAAGGGGGCGUUCCAGCCGAAUCGCUAUGGAAUCCGGCCGGGCCAUCGGUGGGAUGGUGUGGAUCGGAGUAACGGGUUCGAGAAGGAGUGGUUUGCGGCUAGGAAUCGGAAGGGGAGGUUGGAGGCGUUGGAUUACGAAUGGCAGAUGGAUGAGUAACUGCUUUUUUGGAGAGUGGUGUGUAUUGCGUGUGUGGUUUAGAUACCUAUGACUCUGCUAUGACUUCUGUUACACGGAUCCAGUGCUGGACACUGGCCAUGAUGACAUUGAUAAUUACCGGAUUUGGACCCCGACGUGAUUUGCAGUGGGAAGAGUUUCCGUGCAUACUCCUGGCGCUU